GCUCCUAAUCACAGAGCCAUCUCUCCAGCCCCCAAUAGUGAUGGAUUUUUAAGUUGUAAAAUAAAACUCUGCAGAGGAAGGAGAAUCUCUGAUGAGGGGAGACUCCUAGAGACCAAGGGGCUCACUUGUAACAGGCAGGUAGCUGAUGUUUACUGAGAAUGUACCAUGUACUCUCUUUACACUAAACCACGAUUGUUCUUUUUGACCCUGAGGAGUAGUUCUUGUCUUACAUCUGCACUUUAUAAAUAAGGAAACUGAAGCUAGUUGGCUUACCCUGAAUCAUACAUUGAGGAAAUAGAAUUAUGGCUCAGUUUUUUCCUGUCAGUCCUCAAAGUCUUUGCUUUUGACUGUAGUUUGAGGAUCCCACGCUGUGUGUUAGUCAGCUUCGGUGGCCUGAAUGCGACCUCACAGUAAACUCAGGUUUGAGCAGGAGUGACUCAUAAAUCCUUAGUGACCUUCACUUGCGGUGCCAUCAGCUUGAUAAACAAACACAGAGAGAGAGGGCCACAAAGCUCUGCCUGCAUGGUCUCAACAGGAACAGUCUAAAAACAGAUUCAGGGUGAAGGAUGAUUGACGGUGCCAGUCGGUCAAGCAGAGGGCCAGAUCAAACAAGAAUAGAAUCUCAGAACAAAACAAAGCAAAGAUGCUGUAUGUGCUGAUAGAGGCACAAAGGGCCUGGUUGGAUAAAGUGCAGAGAGACAGUGAGCUGACAAAACGAGAGCCUAGAGUUACCUCGGAGGACAAAAGAAGUCUUGAGACUGAACCGUUUGGUUUGGGAGUCCUUAGGCCACCCCUCACCAAAGAGCCUGCUCUUCCCCUCUUUCAGUCCCAAGUGCAAGAUUCUGAGUGGUUCACACUGAGUCCACAGGAGAGAUUGGCUUGGGCAAAAGCAUCCAAAGACCCUAGGAUUGCAGAAGGUCAGCAGUCUCCACUGGAGAAGAGGCUCCUGAGUCUUGGUGGUGUGCACACUACAGCAGCAAGGCACUUGGUGACUCAGAAAUGCCGAGAGGAGAGCAGAGUGCUCUGCAGGGAGCAAGCUCAUUCUCUUGACUACUGGCUGGCAAAAGCAGAGUCUUACUAUAAUAAAAGAAUAAUGGAGAUGAUGAAAAAAGAAGACACCGGCGGGGAAACAAAGACGAAAGUGGAAGAGGAAACACCACCGAGCACAGAGGGACAAAAACCGCAUUAUUGUGUGCCCGAGAGAGAGAAGAAACAAAUAGAGAGGCACAUCCUCAGAGCAGGCCAGGCCAGAGAAUUUAAGAACAAAGCCUGGAGGCAGACCCGACUCCUCAGUGAAACCAUACUACCCAAGAUUGUGCCAGAAAAGGAGAGCAUCCCGAAAGCACAGAGAAGAAGGCAAGUAAGCGAGAGAGAGCUGCACCAAAUUAAAGAUCAUCAAGAACGCAUGAUUCGAGGGCGGGAACUUCUCGAGCAAAGACUCAAAGAAAGAAUCUUGAGAAAAAGUCAGAGCCAGAUCCCACUACCUGAGAGGCGUGGUCGAGGGAAGAAAGAGACAAAGGAGCUUGAAAGGGUUGUUGCGUACCCACUUUUCCAGCCGUCCAGUACAAGUCGGAUUAAAGUGGAUAUUCUUAUGGAAAAAUCUCAGGACGAAGAGGAAGUGAGCACAAUUAUAAAACCGUAUGGAAGGAGAUUCUUGGCUGUGCCACCCUUUCUGAGAACUCAAAUAGGAAAAUUAAAAGAUCAGUAAAAUUUCAGAGCUUUGGUAAUGAAA